AUGCACAGGAGUUCGCAACGGCACCACGCAUAUGACUCUGAGCCAUCGAAAACAUUAGAAAUACAGCUGAGGCCUACUGCAACGAUAAAUGCUCGGUCCUGCGGCCUAGGUAGAGACAAAGGCGAGGGAGAGGCGGCCGAUCGCCCAACCCAAGACUCCCUGGAAGCAGACCCUAAAGAAGCAGAGGACCGCCCUCGAGCCUUUCUCUCCCCCCCCCCGCCGGUGAGGGAUGUCCCGACACCAACGGCUUACCUGCUGCAGACACCGCAUGCCCCAGAGACUGAUCACCCAUGGACCUGUCACUCCAAAAUGGCGGAUGCCAAGUUCCAGUCGACAGGCGUGGGGACCAGUGGAGAUCCAGCGACGCAAACUAUGAAAAAACUCGACGAACUAUUUGCUGCCUUCUGGGCUCGGAUAACAGAGAGGAAGCUGAAAUCCGCACCAACUAAACAGACCUCUCCUGUAAGUGCAGCCCCGGCGGCCUCUAACUCUAAAUCCAGAUGCAGAGUGAUAACCGUCAGCGCCUCCCCAAGGGGGCACGGACGGCAUAACUGGCGGCGCAAGCGGCGACGAAGAGCCUGCUCACCGCCCAGCAUCCACCUCCACUUUAAGCCAUCACAAUUCCGGACGGGUCCAGAAGCAAUCAGCCCACCGGGGAAACACUGA